AUGGUGCGGAUCGUCAGCGCGCUGGGGCUGGUCAUGUUCAGCGUGGCGCUGCUCAUCCUCUCACUCAUCAGCUACGUUUCCAUCAAAAAGGACUUCCUGCUCAGCACCCCCAGAUACGGACCUAAUGGAGGAUCCAGGAUGUCGAUGUUUCACGCCGGGUUUCGCUCCCAGCUGGCAAUGAAGUAUCUGGAUCCAGCUUUCACUCCUCUGACCAACGCUCUCAGUGAGGACCUGCAGAACUCUUCUAAAUGGAGCUACAACAGCACUGCUUUUAUACAGCUGAAAAAGGAGAUCUCUCAAUACAUCGACAUCCCCCACAACUUCACACUGACACGAGGCUCAGUCCGAAUAGGACAGCUGAUGCACUACGACUACUCCAGCCACAAGUAUGUUUUUUCAAUUGGCGAGAACUUCCGCUCACUCCUCCCUGAGGCAUCCCCAAUCCUCAACAAGCACUACAAUGUCUGUGCCGUGGUCGGCAACAGUGGCAUCCUCACCGGCUCGCGCUGUGGCGCCCAGAUUGAGAAGUUUGACUUUGUCUUCCGCUGCAACUUUGCACCGACCGAGAUCUUUAAGAAGGAUGUUGGGCGGCGGACCAACAUGACAACCUUUAACCCCAGUAUCCUGGAGAAAUACUACAACAAUUUACUGACUGUGCAAGACAGGAACAACUUCUUCCUGAGCCUGAAAAAGCUGGACGGCGCCAUCCUGUGGAUCCCAGCAUUUUUCUUCCACACGUCAGCAACAGUGACGAGGACACUGGUGGACUUCUUCGUGGAACAUCAAGGUCAGCUGAAGGUCCAGUUGGCAUGGCCCGGAAACAUCAUGCAGUAUAUCAACAACUACUGGAAAACCAAGCAGCUGUCGCCGAAGCGCCUGAGCACUGGCAUACUGAUGUACACGCUGGCAUCCUCCAUGUGCAACCAGAUACACCUGUACGGCUUCUGGCCCUUCGGCUGGGACCCCAACACGGGUAAGGAGCUGCCGUACCACUACUACGACAAGAAGGGCACCAAGUUCACCACUAAAUGGCAGGAGUCCCAUCAGCUGCCCGCUGAGUUCAAACUCCUCUACAAGAUGCAUAAAGAGGGACUCCUGAAGCUCACCCUCUCCCACUGCGCUUAG